AUGCAUUUAUUUUCUUCUAUUAAUGAUGUUCUUGAGUAUGUUGGGGAGAAUGGCUAUGAGGAUGCACAUAGGGCUGAAGCUUUGGAUGUGCAAGAAAUUCUAAAUCAUUUUGAGUUUAUCUUUGUGUUGCAUCUUAUGAGGAAACUCUUGGGAAUUACACAUGAUCUCUCUCAAGUUCUACAAAAGAAGGAUCAAGACAUUGUUAAUGCUAUGAAUCUUGUCAAAGUAGCAAAAACACGUUUACAAGUAAUGAGGGAAAAAGGUUGGGAGGUUUUGCUUACUGAAGUUACAAAGUUUUAUAGAACAAAUGAGAUUGAUGUGCUUGAUAUGGAAGAUGAGUGUGUAGUUAGAGGAAGAGGAAGGCGUAAAAUUGAGAAAAUAAAAAAUCUCCACCAUUAUCGAGUUGAGUUGUUUUGUUCAGUCAUUGAUAUGCAAGCUCAAGAGUUGAAUCACCGUUUUAAUGAAGUCAACACAGAUUUACUUCUGUGUAUGACAUGUUUUGAUCCUAGAGACUCAUUUUCUGCAUUUGAUUCAGAGAAGCUGCUUCGCCUUGCCAAGUAUUAUCCAUCUGAAUUUUCUGAAGUUAAUUUGUAUGAGCUUGAAAGUCAGCUUGAUAACUUUAUUUUUGAUGUGCGCACAGAUGAAAGGUUUUCAAAAGUAUCGGGAAUUGCAGGUCUUGCUUAG